CUUUUCUCUUCAACGACCGCCAACCUCUUUGUCGCAGCCCCAAAACCGCCUUUUGCAGCUUCUACACAUUUACGCGACUCAAGCUGCACACAUAUUAACCAUGGCAGACUCACAGACUACCGCUGCGCCUGCCGCGAACCCCGCUGAAGUCUCCAAGACUCAGAACACCGUCGACGCCAACAUGACUGAGUCAAAGACUGAGACCACCUCCUCCAAGUCAGAGGACAAGGCUGCCAAGGCCGACGGCGAGGAGAAGUGGGAGAUCAACGGCAAGUCCGAUAGCAAGAGCGAUCGUCGCAACGAUCGCGAAGACCGCGGUGACCGUCGCAAUGACCGUCGCGAUGGCGGUCGCGGAGGUCGAGGUGGUCGUGGUGGCCGCGGAGGUGGUCGAGGCGGAUUCCACGACAAGCACAACAAGAAGACGAACAACCUUGACACAUUCGAGAAUCUACCAGACUCUGACGACCCAAAUGAGAUCCGCCAACAGGUCGAGUUCUACUUCUCUACCCAAAAUUUGGCCACCGAUGAGCACAUGUUCAAGUCUCUCGACGGCCCCAAGAACACCCCCGUUUCUAUUCACCACGUUUGCACCUUCAAGCGUAUGCGUCGCUUCAAGCCAUACAGUGCCGUUGUAGCAGCACUUCGCGAGAGCAAGGAUCUCGAGGUCGUCGAUGAUGGCGAAUACAGCAAGGCUGGCAGCGAAGCUGUCAAGCGCAAGGAGCCCAUUUCCGUUCCCACCAAGGAGGGUGACGACAAGAACCCGCCUACCACAGAGGAGCUCUUCUAUCGCCUGAAGCACAACUCAUCCAACAACAUGGACAGGAGCGCCUACGUCAAGGGCUUCGGUAAUGAGGAGGAUGCCGGCCAAAUCGCCUUGGAGAAGUUCUUCCGUCCCUACGGCGCAGUUAUGAUCCGCAAGCGUCGCGAGGACGACGGUGCCUGGAAGGGCAGCGUCUUUGUCGAAUUCGAUUCCGAGGACUCUCGCAAGCAGUUCCUCGAACUUGACCCCGCUCCCAAGUACAACGGCAACGAGCUCACCAUUAUGGGCAAGAAGGAGUACAUUGAGAUGAAGUGCAAGGAGAAGGGUAUUAAGCCCGACUGGGAGUUGACCGAUCAGGAGAAGUACGAGCAGCGCAAGAGGCUCCGCGGCACCAACGGAGACGGCGGCCGUGGCCGAGGCCGUGGAGGUCGUGGUCAGGGCCGCGGUGGACGUGGUAACGACCGUCGCGACAAUCGCCGUGACGGCAACCGUAACCGUUCUCGUUCUCCCCGUGGACGUCGCGACCGCAGCGGCUCCGUCGACAGCAACGACUGGAACAAGCGUCGCGAUCGCUUCAGGGAUGGCAAGGAUGACCGCUCCAGCCGCAAGGAGGAGAAGAAGGAGAUUGAGCGCGACGCUCACGGUGUUCCCGUCAUCCAGGACUCUAGCAACGACACCGCCUCCAACAAGCGCAAGGCCGACGACGGCGAGCGCAACGACAGCCCUAAGAAGAACAAGCUUGAGAUCAAGCAGGAUGAGUAGGGACCUGUCCUCUCGUAUCUUAUACUUUCAGGACAUCUUCGUCACUCACCUUAGUUGACUUGAAGCCAUAUGACCAACCACCUUACGGAAUGUUAUUGCAUAUUACGGCGUUGAAGGAUUACUACAUUUCUACGGUCAUCGCUAAGAUACCUAUUUAUGUUCCGGGCUUUAUUGGGUUUGCGGGCAAAAGUUUCUUUCUUACUUCAUGGAUGGAUGGAUGCAUCCACCUGUAUAUGGUAUUCCUGCAUACAGUGUCUUCACUGUGCAUACAUGUAGCUCCACGACGCAUGAGUUUGGUAGCAUGAACGAUGAAUAGAUAUACUAUCACUGAAA